UUCUUAUCCGCGGUAGAUUUCUGUCGUCGGCUGCAACUCUGCUGCGUCGUCAGAUGGGCCCUUCGCUUCAGCCUCACCGUUGUACAGUGCAACGCCGCUGAGCUCACCUCCCGUGUUCUCUGUCUGCAGUUUUGCUGUCUGUCUGUCCUCACCUCUCGCCCGCCCGUUCUCUUCCCUCUCCCACGCGGGCCAAGUUGGGUCGAGUCGAUUCGAGUCGAGCAUCACCUCCCGGACAGCCCCACCAGCAACCAGCAGAGCAGCACACUUGACUACCUGACUACCUGACGACCUGACGACCUGACUGUCUGCCUGUCUGCCUGACUGCCUGGUCACGAACCCAGACGUCAAGUCACGUCACAAUCUCAACCAAGCCUGAGCUGAGUUAUUACUAGCCUAAACCACGCACUUGACCUGCGCACGCCUACUACAGAUACUGCCAGUGCUGCCAGCGCCAGUGCCAGCCGUGCCCUCACCUGUGCCCGCCUUUCUCCAACUCGGGCUAGCUCCACCCAAGCAGCGUCAACCCACGCCGCCUCUGCACUCAACCGCUCGUCUUUUUGCAAACCUACUGCUGCCCCUCCGCACGACCUCGAUUGCGUCCAAGGGCUGUCAAGGCGACGAUAACUUGCACUGCAGCGCUUGUCCAGUAGCCGUUUAACAGUCGCCCUACCCACCUGUCUGCCUGGCCGAUCUGUUCCUGAUUUGUUCUUGCUGGUGGGCCGUUGAGUGCGUGCACAACAAAACCACGAGCGUCCUCUGACAAACCCACCCGACAUCGCCGUUGCUCGAGUAACCAUCCCAACCUUGCUCGCCCGCCCUCCCCAGUCCACCAAAAAAGCCGACCGCGCACCGACCGAUCCUCGCCAACCAGCCAACUCCCUGGGGCAGAGCAAAACCUCCCGCUGGCCUGGCCAACCACCCACUGCCUCACAUCUCUGGCCAGCGCCUUCGAGGCCCGCCUCAUUCUCCCCCUUCCCUUCCCUUGCCGCGAGCAAACGACCCCGACCCGACCCCGCCGCCAAAAUGCCCUGCUUCAAGGGUAUUGCGGUGAGCAUCCACGCCAACGGGACCCCGCUCCCAGAGCACGGCAUGCAGAAGCAGUCCAAGUUCUCCAGGAUCAACACCUUCAUACCCGUCCCCAGCCCCACCCUGAGCGAGGACUCUGGCAAGACCGAAUCCGCAAAGUUCGCCAUCUCCAUCACCCUGCUGACCCCCGGCCUGCCCAUCCCAUACUCGACCCCGAAACCCACUCGCGACAAUCCUGAUCCCACGCCGCAGUAUGCCGCCAGGGACAUGGCCUCCAGCAGGGCUGGCAACGGCGUCAACCCCUACAUCCCCAUGACCAACAGCGACAACGAGACCGUCGCCGCCUACAUCUACUUCGACGGCCGCGCAAAGGAAGAGGUGGCAACACUGCUCAGGCCCGGCGAGGAGACCUGGGUCAACAGCAGAUGGGUCCAGGUCCCCGACUCCGAGGGCGGCGGCCUGGCCGAGAGGGAAUUCCUGUUCCGUGAGGUCGGCCUGGAGCGGUGGCUCAACGGCCUCGACCUCAAAGGCCACGACGCCGAGGAGCGGCUCGAGAGGCGCCGCCAGAAGUUCGAGCGCCGGCGCAGGAAGCAGAGGGGUGAAGGCAUGGGUGCCCUGCUGGGCGACUCGUCAAAUGGGCCCCGAGAUGCCUUCCGCUACGGCAACGACGAGGGGAGCCCCGUCGAGGCUGUCUUCGACGAGGACUCCAUGUCUGAUUCGGACGACGAGUUCCCCGAGGCCGCCGGCCAGAUCAAGGUCGCCAUGUUCCGCGUCAUAGCGUCUGGCGAGAUCAAGAAGGGCGAAUACUCCCCGCAGUUUGGCGCACACGACGACGAUGACGAGGUCAAUGGCGGCAACUCCAACGGGGUCGACGCCGAUGUCGAGCACACUACGAGUUUCGCGAAGCCCAAGACUCUCGAUCCCAAGACCAUCAGCACACAGACUGUCACUGGUAUCGAUGGGCCAGAGAAGCCCUACGCCACCUUUACUUUCUACUACCGUGGCGAGCGCCAGCUGCAGAAGAUGGGGGUUUUGCCCUCGGCCAAGUCACAAGCAACCACACCCGCAGCAGCGAAGCGACGGUCCGGCCAGCUCGACUUCUCCAACCUUGGCCCUCUCAAGACGACAGGUACGGUCGGGUUCUCCGCCUUCAGGGACCAAACAGCAGAGUCGUCCAAGAGGAGAAAGGGCCGCACCAAGUCGAACGGCAGUCUCGGCGCUAUGGACGAGGACUCGGAAGAAGACGAGGACGAACCAGAGAUCCUCGGCAAGAUGGAGGACAUCGACGAUAAGGAAGUCAAGCCGAGCACAGCGCCCGAGGAUGUCAAGUUCACCGGUGAAUUGGCCGAAGGUGUCGACCGUAUUAAGCUUAAGCGGCAACGGUCAGCCGAGCCAGAAGGCACCGCCUCACCCGACGCCAAGUCCCCCAACCUGAGCGCAGCGACAUCCCCUCCCAACAUGAUAUUCGGCGCCGGCGGCGAUGGCCCGCGCUCCUCGGGCCUGGCCCCGCCCUCUUUCUUCCCGACAAACCUAUCCGACGAGAUCGCGCCCGCCGGCAGCCCGCUCAAGAAGCAGCGCGCCGGGACCCUGGACGACGGGUCUGGCCAGCCAUCCCAGCCCGCCCUGGGGGUCUCGCAGCCCAAGGUCUCCUCGUCCGCGCCGGCCGUGCCGGCGGCCCCCCUCGCGCAGAGUAGUGCGCACGACGACGAGGAGGAGCUAUAGAUGCGCGGCCACCAUACCAUACCAGUUUAGCACUGCAUCUACUCCUAGAUGUAGGACAGUUCUCGGGUAUAUGUUAUCGGCAGCGGAACCCAGCGUGUCAUUCUUGAAGACCCCUGUUUGAUCAUUUGAUUGGGUCCUCGAGUGUCAGGAUAUCCUCUCACGGAAAUGGAACUACCAGCAGCGCAUUUUGGGACCCUACCACCGGAUGGCUUGAAAGCGGACCGGGGGACCUCCCAAAAAGAGGGGGAAAAAAGAGAAAAGAAAAGAAAAAGCCGGGUUGCCACAGGCCCCCUUGACACCAGAUGGAAGGAAGAGCGGAGGAGAAAGCGCCGGGGCAAUUCUUCGAGCCGAGGGACUCCCACAUCUUUGCUGGGUGAAAGCAAGUGGGGGUUUUUGUGGCCAACUGACACUGGAUGGGGACGGACACGCUGAGUCGUCAAGUGUAAAUACCCCAAUAUAACCAAAAAAUUGCAAAAAACACAGGGCCUCCAAGAUGAAGAUUCGCGCCUACUUCCUCUGUGCGGGGGGUGGGUUUUCUGGGUGGCUGCGGUUUUCUCGAGCAGCAGCAAAACUACAACAGCAGAAGCAGCAUCGUCGUGCGUACAGCAUGGAGUUCGGGCUCACGGGCAAACCUGUCGUCUUGUGCUUGCCUAGUUGCCUCUCUCUCUGGAAGUGAAAAUGCGGUUGGUUGUGGUGGUGGUGGUCGUGGUGAAGAAGACGAUGGAUGCUCCCAAGCAGAACAGGGACAUGGAAGCAGAGCCAGGUAUGCGUCGAGGGGGCGAGUGAG